AUGGGCGCGCUCUGCCUGCUCUACCCAUCCACGCCGCCGCCCUGCCCAUGCGGCGCCCGCGCGACCGCGGCCGCGGCCGCGCCUUCCCCUUUCUUCUCCUGUGCUGCCACCGCUGCCGCCACAAGGCUGCAGCUCUGCGGCAGGAGCCAGAGGCGCGCCGGAGUGGCGCGGGUAGGUGGCGGCGGCGGGGGCAAGGGGGAGAGUGGCAAGAGCGGCGCGGCGGCGUUCUUUGAUGAGGAUGGGGUGGUGGACGACAUGGAUGGGUACCUCAACUACCUGUCCCUCGAGUACGACUCUGUCUGGGACACCAAGCCUGCCUGGUGUCAGCCUUGGACAAUAUUGCUUACGGGAACUGUUGCGGUCGCCUGUAGUUGGGUGCUUAUCCAAUCUGCUGUAAUUACUGCUGGAGUUUCUUUUGUAAUAUGUGCAUGGUGGUACAUAUUUCUCUACUCCUACCCUAAGGCAUACACCGAGAUGAUAGCGGAGAGGAGAAGAAAGCAGCUGCAUAAGGUUGCAGGAGAUGUUCCAAAUCUAGUUAUAUGUACAGAUGUAUGUAAAGGACUAGAGACUGCAGUGGGGUCUGUCUUCCCGCAAGCUGAAAACAGGGAGUGCAUGAAGCAUUUGUAUCAGAAUUUUUUGAAGAAGUAUUCUGGUGAGUUUGCACCUGAAGCCAUCGAGUACCUUGAGGAGCACCACAACAGGAUCUGGUACAGGUGUGCAUUUUCAGAAAACAACAAGUGUGACUACUUGACAAAUAAUGUUUCAGAGAGCUUCAAUGCACAAAUAAAGAAGUUCAAAGGUCUGCUACUACAUGAAUUAGUUGACAGAAUCAGAGAGCUGAUCAUGGAGAAGAGAUACAUUAGGAAGAUGCUUGCUAGGCAGUGGACAGAUGGAAUACUCCCAAAUGUGAUGAAGGAGCUCAACUUGAUCAGCAAUAACCUCAAAGUGGUCAAGGUAUGA